AUGUUAAAAAUAUAUCAAUUUUUUAUAAAGUUCUUUUUUCAUCCGGAAGAAACAGCUGAUGUGAAACCAAAAACUAUAAUGAAUUUGUGGACAUUAAGUUUUAAAAAUUAGGAUAUGGAGGAAAAAUAUUCAAAUAAAGAAAAAUAGAGAAUAAUUGUCUUGUUUCGAUUAUAGUACUUAAUUCAUUUCCUCAUAAAUGUAAUCUAUUUUAUAAACAAUCAAUUUUUUCUGAAAAAUUAUUAAGUAGCGUAUUUUAGAGUGGCAUUUUGCAUAUGGCAUAUAAUUUGCAUGAUAUCAUAAGCUAACAUAAAAAGAAUUCAUUAUAAAUAAUUCAUAGCAAUUUCAGAAUUUUUAAGUUGUGUAAUAACUAUACUUAUAACAUAUGUUUAUGUAUAAGCUUAAUUGAUAAAUAAACAAUGUGGUAAAUAAACAACUUCAUAAGCUGUCAGUAGUGGAAUAUAAACUGGAAUUAUAAUAAUAAGUUAUUUACUUGUUUGUCCCUUAUGGUUUAUUUAAGGUUUAAUAUUAAUAGCUGCAACAAUUUUGUUUAUUGGAUUGAUGGGAAAUUUAGCAUCAAUAUAUUGGACAUUUUAUGUUUUAUUAUUGAUGAUGUUGGUAUUUUUUCGAUUUCUUGAAUAUUAUAAAAGAAUAGAUUUCUAUACUAUUUGUUAAUAAACUUCUAAUUUACAUGCUUGUAAAAACAUUUUCGAUAAAACAGUUCCCAAUUCAAUAUUAAUCCUUACUGAGAACAAUGAAGACUUAUAGGAUUCUACAAGUUAGAGUAAAGAAAUGAAAUUAAUUUACAGUAAUGAUUUUGCUAUAAAAUACUUAUAAGUCUCAGAUGAAAAUGAAGUGAUAAAAAGACUAAAGAGUAUUUUCAUUUAAACAGAAUAAGAAUCUGAACAAGACACUUAUAAUUCAUGUGUGAGUAUUUAUGAUGUAUUAUAUUAAAAAAUGGGAUAGUUUGAAGAAUAAUUCAUUUAGUAAAUGAAAACAAAUAGAACGACUAUUAUAUAAAAUGAAUAUGAUAUAUCCGAAUUUAGUGACUAUUUUUUAUGUUUCAGAUUUGAUUCUUAAAGUAAGGUUGCAUUAUCUUCAAAAUAAUAACUAAAAAUAAAAUCACAUUUUGAAAUCAGAGUUUUGCAUUGUAUAUGGGAAAAUAAACAUUCUAUUUUAGUAAUCAUGAAUGAUAUAUCUGAGAAGAUAAGAUUAAAACAUUUAAAGGAAUUGGAUUAAUAUAAAGAUAGAUUAUUAGCAACAGUAUCUCAUGAUUUAAAAACACCAUUAAAUGGAAUGAUGAUAGAUAUACACAUUAUGUAAAAUAUUUUACAAAAAAAAUCAAGUAUUACAAAUAGCAAUAUUGAAUAACUUUGUAAUCAUCUUGAUGAAUUUAAUCAAUCAGGUUAAUUGUUAUUAUCAAUGAUUAAUGAUUUAUUAGAUUAUAGCUAAAUUAAUAAAGGAUAUUUAAGAUUGAUUCCUAAAAAUUUUAAUUUGAAUAAUACUUUCAAAUUCAUAAAUUCUUUAUUACUUAGGUAAUCUAAUGAAAAAGGAGUUUAAUUAGUUUGGAAUAAUUAAAUUGACCCUAAUAAUUCUGAAUUAUUUACAGAUGAAAAUAGACUAAAAUAAGUUCUAAUAAAUUUGGUUGCUAAUGCUAUUAAAUUUACUAUGUAAGGAGAGAUUGUUAUUAUGGCAUCUUAACCUAUCGAAGAAGAUCUUAUAGAAAUUUCUGUUUCUGAUACUGGAUAUGGAAUACCAGAAGAUAUAUAAAAAAAUCUCUUUAGAUUAUAUAGUACUUUUGAUAUAGGUAAUAAUAAUAGACAUGGUGUUGGUUUAGGAUUAACUAUUAGUUAAUAACUUGUAUCUUUAUUAGGACCUUCUGAUAAGAUUGAAUUAAAGUCACAGGUAGGCAAAGGUUCCACAUUUAAAUUUGUUAUAUUUAGAAAAUUAAACUAAUCAUUAGAAAAUUCUAUAUAAGAAUAAGAUUUAAAUUAAAAACAAAUUGUUCCUAUAUUUCCCUCUUAUAAAAAUUUAAACUAAAUCACAAAAAAAAGAAAAACUUAAUAAAGAAAAGCCUAAACUUAUUAUAAAUUAGAGAGUAUACCUGAUGAAUCUUUAAAAGUAUUAAUAGUUGAUGAUACUCCUUUUAAUAUAAUUGCUUUGAGUGCAAUGUUAAAUUAAGUAAUUUCUAAUUGUAAACUUUAUAAAGCAUUUAAUGGUACAUAAGCAUUUGAUUUAUAUUCGAAAGAAUAAAUGAAUGUCAUUUUUAUGGAUGUAAAUAUGCCAGAAAUGGAUGGUUAUUAAUGUACAUAAGAAAUAAGAAAAUUUGAAUAAAUGUAUAAAUUAACAUAAUCCCUUAUAAUUAUUGUUACUGCUUUUACUGGAUCAGAUGACAAAUUAAAAUCUUAAAAAUGUGGAGCUAAUGAUCAUUUAGACAAGCCUUUAAACAUGGAGGAUUUAAAGAAAGUCAUUAAAAAAUUUGGAAUAAUUUGA